AGGUUGUUGUGUAAACUUCACUACCCCUCAGAGAACACUAUGACCGACUCAGAGCUGAACGAUGCAGCUCACGCGAGCAAAAUUCUUUCCCUUUGCUGGAGUUCCGGAACAUUGGCCGCAUCGUAUUACGACAUUGACCAGUUGGAAUUGUACGCAAUCCUGCAGGCCACGGAACCGAGACCGCAGUAUCCGCUGGCUAGAAAUUUGAUCCGUCAAUACACUCCUCUGUUCUAUCUGCUAUCUGGGUCCAAACACUUUCACGAUGACAUUACAGAGCUGCUGGAUCUUCCAGAAGGGACGGUUUUGCAGCGACUUGGCACGGGGAAGAUCGAAACCCACGAGCAUGCUCGUACCUGCGAGUUUAGCUCAAGGGCAAUCAAGAACAGUAUGACGAAAAUUCUUUCCAUGAACCUUCCCGGCAUGCCAACUCAAGCAUCCGAAUCAGAACGGCGCAUCUUCUUGGCCAGUGUGCUCCCCGUUGAGCAGGAACUGUUGAUCCAUGCCGUUGGUAGCUUGUUGAAGCUUCUGGAGCAGAUCAUUCCGGCUGAUGAUGGUCCGCUUGUGACACGAAUCAAUGUCCUAACUCCAGACACUCAGCUGAUAAUCGACGAACUGACCUAUCAGUCUUUGCAAAUCUUCAACUCACGGCUGCAUCCAUCUGGGUUCAAACAGAAAGUGGAAUCCAGCUCGUGCUCGUUGAUUAAGCUGUUCAAUCGGUGUUCAUCGAACAUUGGCAAGCUUGAACUGAGGACGAUAAUGCAGCAGCCGGUGCGCGACCUAGCCGAGCUGGAACUGCGGUUGAACACCGUACAGUGGUCCGUUGCUGGACGGAACUCCCGAUCUGCCGAAGAGAUGCGAAAUGUGAUUGGGAACUUGACGAAGGUGCAACCGGUGUAUCGAAAGAUCGCGAAGCAGUCAACCAAGAAUAGCGACUGGAAGUCCUUGAAGAAGAACGUCUACUAUCUUUAUAUGCUCUGUAAACUGUGCCUGGCUGUUGGGGAACCGGAGCUACAGGGAACCGUAAUCAAUAUAUUGGCUGAAUUUGUUUCGGAAGAGGAAAACGCCCUGAAGCAGCUUCUGUUUACCUUGGAUGAAGUUGUCGACUUGGACCGAGGAAAUCAAAACAACAAAUUCACCGUGAAGCGUGGGAUUGAUCGUGAACUGGAUCGUAUACGGACGAGCUUUGACGAAACACGAGGGCUGCUGAUGGAAACGUCCCGUGUUGAUUUUGAGAAUCUACCGGUGGACAUGAGCGAUGUGUACGUGACGUUCCUGCCGAGUUACGGGUACGUGUUCAGUAGCAGCAGAUGUGAAGAGUUGCGUGAUCCGGCGGUUUUCGAGCAGUCGGCGAUGAACUUGGUGUUUCAAUCCGAAGGCAGUGUGUACUUCCAGAACGAUAUGUGCAAGGAGCUGAAUAACGAGUUUGGAAAUCUGCUGGCAACUAUGAACGAUCGUGAAAAUACCGUUUUAAUAAAACUCGUGUCUUUCGUCGAUCAGGCCAUUCCCCAUGUUUUAGCCGUUUUCAAACAUGUCGGCAAGCUUGACGUUCUGCUCGCGUUUGCAUCCGUUGCCAUGAGUCAAGAAUUUACGCGCCCAACAUUGACGGACCAAAAGAUCCUCCAGAUCAAGCAAGGUAGACAUCCACUGGUGGAACAGUUCAAAACGUAUCAUCCCAACGACACGGACUUUCGCGCUGCCAACGAACGCAUCGUGAACGUAUUCACAAGCAGAGAAUCCACGGGAAAAACUCUCUACUUGAAGGAGAUCGCCCUAAUUGCUUAUCUAGCUCAUAUCGGGUCGUUUGUACCGGCACAAUCCGCAACAAUUGGGCUGCUGGACUCGAUUUAUUCGCGGCUCGACUUUCCGGAAUCCAUCUUUAGCGGGAAAUCGUCCUUCAUGGGCGAGCUGUACCAGAUGUCGAACAUCCUGAUGAACACCACCUCGAAAUCGCUUGUACUCAUAGACGAGUUUGGCAAGGGCACAACCUAUACAGAGGGAAAGGCACUGCUCAUCUCCAGUGUAGAGCAUUUGCUGCAAAAAGGUUCACAAGCUCCAAUCGUAACCGUCGCUACGCAAUUUACCGACAUCGAGCGGUUUCUGGGCGAUAAUCGUUACCUGCGGAUUUAUGCGACACAACCGGAGAGUUCCAGCGAAGACGAUACGAAGUCCAGUCGUAACUUGGAAGCUAGCAGGAGCAGACAGGACACGUUCACCAAUGCCAUCCAGACGAUGACGCUGGCCCUGGUAAAGAAAUAUGUGGCCGGUGAGAGCAUCGAUCCCGUGACGCUCGUUAUGCUGUACAAAUCCACGCCUAUCACGCAAGCGGGGAUUUCGCGGUGAAGGUUAUGGGUACCACCGGACCGUUGUAAACUAUGAAGAAGCUCUAAUAAAUCAAAUUCGUGGCCCGGUGA